AUGGGGUUUUCGGAGAACCCCAAGUUUUUUUUGUUGGUCAAAAAGGUUUUAAAAAAGUGGAAAUUUAUAGGAAUCACCCUAUCCGUCGUGGGCUUCGCUUACCUUUGCGUGUUCAACAAAUUUAGUAAAAAGGCCGACCUGGACUCGCUGAUUUUCUCGCAAUUUCCAGGAAAUUCCAACUUAGACAAAACUCAUGAGGACUUUCUAAACUACACGAGCAGGUAUUUUUCCAAUUAUGGAUCCAAGGAAGAUAUAAUAGACGUAAUAAAUGAAUAUAUCAGAAGCAUGUCCCCGUUUGUUCAAACGGUGAAACGCAGGAUAAGAGCAAAGGAUGGUGCAAAGCAUGGUGCAAAGGGUGGCUCAAAGGGUGGCAUAAAGGGUGACAUACUGGUCAGCACUGUGCCGUGCAAAUUCUGCAACAACAUGGAAAAUAUAAUCGUUGUGAUAAAUUUCGAUUACAAGGAAAGAAAAAAUUUUCACGCCAUUUCAGUUGGUUUAACGUUAAUCAAUUAUUUUCAAAGCUGCAAUUAUAUGAGUAAGGACAUUAUAUUUUUGUUCACCAACAAGGAAUGGCUAUAUUCUUUAGGAGUGCAGAAAUUUGUCGAAGAUUUUUUGUACAGUAAUGAUGUAAGCAAUGGCAGGAAGGCCCUCUCCAGAUCGGCCAUCAUAAUAGAAUUUGAUUCUGUGUACCCUUCACAUAUACACAUAAAUUAUGAAGGCCUAAAUGGGCUUUUGCCCAACCUGGACUUUAUCUUGCUGCUGACCAAUGAGUUAAUCUACUACAACAUUCCUGUGAAAGUGGAAUCUCCCCACCACGCGAUCUUUGACAUGGCGUUGGAGAGGGGCUACGAGAAGGGGCACGUCUACUUUUUGAGGGAAAACAUUGCAGCCUUCACCGCCGCAGGCGUGAGUAAGAUCCCGCUGAAAAACAAAAUGAUAAAUUUGUUUAACUUCACCAAGGCGAUGGAAAGUUUUAUAAGGAGCCAAAGCAAUACCCCCGAAGGGUUCUGCCACUCGUCCAAUUUUUAUUUUUUCGAUACCAUCAGAAGGAGAGUACCCAUCAGUGUGUACUGCUACAGUGUCUACUUAAUAUGUGCCUAUGCCAUUUUGAAGUUACUAAAAGGAUCCAUUCUACGAAGCUACACAAAUCUCAUAGUGGGUCUCUACGGGUAUGUAAAAACCAUUUUUAUAAUUUCAUUGCCCAUAUAUUUAUUUUCAACGAAUGAUAAAAUAUACGAGCUGCUGAGCUUGGAAAAGAAACUCCCACUAUGCACAGAAUGGCACCCAGAUCGAUACGAAGUUUACGUGGAAAUAGCUCACUACUGGUGGGAAAUCCUCAUUCUAUCAGUUAUAGUGGCCCUUGUUUUUAACUACGUAAUUUCGUGCAUGGUUAAAAAAAUCAGCAAUGUGAAUAAAUAUAAGAAGGUCCAAAAAAUUGAGAAAAUUGUCCUUUUAGACAAGAUAAAAAAGUUGAAUAAUAAAAUAAAUAGUAUAAUUGGGAUAACCCAUUUUUAUUCCAACUUGAAUAAUGAGGAAGUUUUAGCUAGCUGGGGUGAUAUUUCCAAAUUGACUAAACCGAAAAUUGUGCAUAGUGAUGAUGAGGAGUUUCUUCGCGAGAAGGAAAACAGAGCAGUGGUUAAGAGGCUGCAAGACGAAUUGGAUGAGGUGGAGAAGACGUUACAACUAUUUGACGGUGGUAAUGUCCUGUACAUUUUUAACAGCUCCGUCGCGCCGUAUUCCUCCAUAAUGAAUAGCAUGAACUGUUUUUACUUCAUUUUUGUUGUGCUCCUGUCGUCGCUGUACAACUGGUCCUACUCAGCUCUCUUCAGCGUGCUCUUCGUGAUUCCCGUGUCUAUCCUCCAUAACGCAAAGACAAAUCGGAAGAAAGUGAUCCAGAAGACCAUCAUUUUGGCGUUCAUUCUGCUGGGACUAGCGCUGGUGUAUCCCUACGAGGGCUUCAUUCUGAGUGCAAGACACAAACUGAUCAGGCACCUAACAAACGGAUUUGCAAAGUGCCAGAAAUACUUGGCAAAGUCAAAGUUAGCAGACACGAAGUACUUCCCUGAUUUUUUGGAAUUCCUAUGCUCGAACAAAAUUUUCGAGCCCUUACAUUUAAAUAAAUAUUACUUAAACAAUCAGGACAUCAAAUUUAAUUACAGCAAUGACAUUAAGAACGAAGUUUUGCUAAAUCUGUACAGCAUGGCUAGAAACCAUUACUGUAUUGGUUCGCAAGUCAUGUGUGGGAGCUACUCUAAAACGGUGACGCGAUUUAUUUACAGCUUCGUUAUUAACAAGAAGAAUUAUAUUGGGGGUCCCAUUUAA